GAGUGGGGAGUUAUAAGAGAAAUAAAAAUAUAAAAAAAAAACCUAAAAAAGAGUGGCAACUCCGGUUUUGUUUGCGAGAGGAACUGCACUCUUCCCGCCAAGACAACCUUCGGACAACGGUAUGUCCAUCAUUUCCAAUUACUAUUGUGCAUUACUGAAACGAUGCUGCGAAAGCCAGAAUUUGAAGCAAGCGAAACAACUCCACGCACACAUUAUCAGAAGCCUGGCCGAACCGGAAACGUUCUUGCUAAACAAUCUUAUCAAGGGUUACUACAAGCUUAACAACAUGACAUUCGCACGCAGGGUGUUCGAUGAAAUGCGCAGACCGAACCUUUUCUCGUGGAACACCAUACUCUCUGCUUACUCGGAACAAGGGGAUGUUACGAAGAUGCAAGAGAUAUUUAAUUUGAUCCCAAAUAAAGAUGGGGUUUCCUGGAACUUGGUUAUUUCGGGGUUUGUGAAGUGUGGGUUGAGUGAGAAGGCUUUAGAGGCUUACAAAUUGAUGCUAAGACAUGGGUUGGAGAAUUUAAACAGAAUAACGCUUUCUACAGUAAUUAUAAUGCUAUCAAAAAAGGGUUGGGUAGAAUUUGGUGGGGUUAUUCAUGGGCAAAUAGUGAAAUGCGGUUUCGAGUCGUAUGUUUUCGUUGGGAGUCCUUUAGUAGAUAUGUAUGCAAAAUGUGGUCUCAUAAGUGAGGCAAAACGAGUGUUUGAUGAGUUGCCUGAGAGAAAUUUGGUUAUGUACAAUACGAUGCUUAUGGGUUUCUUGAGGUGUGGGAUGGUGGAAGAUUCAUACGGUUUGUUUGGGUGUAUGACUGAGAAGGAUUCAAUUUCUUGGACUACAAUGAUUACUGGGCUAACGCAGAAUGGAAUGAACCAAGAAGCACUAGAUUUAUUUCGAGACAUGAGGUCCAAGGGAUUGAAUAUGGAUCAAUUUACUUUUGGAAGCAUUUUGACUGCUUGUGGAGGCCUUUUGGCAUCAAAGGAAGGGAAGCAGAUUCAUGCAUAUAUUACAAGAACAGAUCAUAUGGAUAAUGUUUUUGUAGCCAGUGCACUUCUUGAUAUGUACUCGAAGUGUAGAGACAUCAAGAAUGCAGAGACAGUUUUUAGGAAGAUGAGAUACAAAAACAUUGUUUCUUGGACUGCCAUGUUAGUAGGUUAUGGUCAGAAUGGGUACAGCGAGGAAGCUGUUCGGAUUUUUUGUGAGAUGCAGAGAAAUGGAGUUGAUCCAGAUUAUUUCACUUUAGGUAGCGUGAUAAGCUCCUGCGCAAAUCUAGCCAGCUUGGAAGAGGGAGCUCAAUUUCAUGGUCAAGCAUUGGUGUCAGGAUUGAUUUCCUUUAUUACUGUCUCCAAUGCACUUGUAACCCUGUAUAGUAAAUGUGGGAACAUCGAAGAGUCCCACCGAUUGUUCAAUGAAAUUAAACUGAAGGAUGAAGUGUCUUGGACUGCAUUAGUUUCAGGCUAUGCCCAGUUUGGAAAGGCUAAUGAAACAAUUAAUUUAUUUGAGGAAAUGUUGGCUUAUGGUCUUCAACCCGAUGGAGUUACUUUUGUUGGGGUUCUUUCUGCGUGCAGUAGGGCUGGGUUUGUUGAGAAAGGCCGUCAGUAUUUUGCAUUAAUGGUGGAUAAAUAUGGAAUUAGGCCAGUUCUUGAUCACUACACUUGCAUGAUUGAUCUAUUCAGCCGAGCUGGACGGUUGGAAGAAGCAAAGAACUUCAUACUAAAAAUGCCUUACCUUCCUGAUACAAUUGGUUGGGCCACACUGCUGAGCUCAUGUAGAACUCGUGGUAAUAUGGAAAUAGGAAAAUGGGCUGCAGAAUCUCUUCUGGAAUUAGACCCGCAAAACUCUGCUGGCCAUGUGUUGCUUGCAAGCAUGUAUGCUGCGAAAGGCAAAUGGGAUGAGGUAGCUCAAUUAAGAAGAGGAAUGAGACAUAAGGGUGUCAGAAAGGAGCCAGGAUGUAGUUGGAUUAAGUAUAAGAACAAAGUACACAUUUUCACUGCUGAUGACAAGUCAAGCCUAUACUCCAAUCAGAUAUAUGAAGAGUUAGAAAAGUUGAACUGUAGAAUGAUAGAGGAAGGAUAUGUGCCUGACAUGAAAUCUGUUCUGCAUGAUGUUGAGGAGUCGGAGAAACUAAAGAUGCUGAACCAUCACAGUGAAAAACUUGCUAUUGCAUUUGGCUUGAUCUUUAUUCCUCCUGGACUACCCAUAAAAGUGGUUAAAAACCUUCGCGUAUGUGAUGAUUGCCAUAAUGCAACAAAAAUCAUUUCAAAGAUCACCCAGAGAGAAAUUCUUGUCAGAGAUGCUGUACGUUUCCAUUUAUUUAACCAUGGAAUUUGUUCUUGUGGAGACUUUUGGUAGGGCUCUUAACAGUGUGAUAAAAGGUGUCAGCGUCUGGAGCCACCAAAUGCACCAUGAUGCUGACCUAACGAAAAUGAAAUGGAGCUCAUGAUGAUGAAUCUUUGGGCAGGACCAGGAAUUAUGCUAAUGGGCUAAAAGGUUUAAAGGCAACUACCUGAAUGCGGUUGCAGAUCUCUAUGACCUCAGCAUGUGGUGCCCAGUCGCCAAAGUUCCUCUCAAUGAACUGUUGGAACUUAUGGUGGCCAUGGCUGUAACUAGUCUCCUCACAUUUGAAUUGGGGUCAAAA